CAGAAAUAAUAAAGUCCGCAGCUUCGGCUCGAUCGUUUCUUCCAUCAUCAUUUUACCGUCGACACCUUCGUUCUGCGCUCUUGCACCUGCGGGUGUUCAGCUUCUUGACUUUCGCUUCUUGCCCUCGUAGGCUCUUUCUCUCGUUGGGAAACUACGCCCUUCGUUUCUACACCUCUUUGUCUGGUUCACGGCCGACUUCCCCUCGCUCAUCUCAGUUGACCGCGUAAUAAUUCCAGCACUUCUCGAUACGUCUGUGCUCCGAUAACAACUUCAGCAUGGCGCUGUUCAAAGCUAUGUUGUUUGCGCUCGUCGCGCUAUUUACCUCUUAUGCCUCUGCCGUGGCCCCUCUUGUCGUCAAAGGCGCGGAUUUUGUCAACAGUAUCGACGACACUCGCUUCCAGAUUAUCGGUGUUGCUUACCAGCCCGGUGGUUCCUCCGGCUUCAACCCCGGCUCUGGUAUCGAUCCUCUCAGCGAUGCUUCCGUCUGCCUUCGUGACGCCGUCCUCAUGCAGAGACUCGGUGUCAACGCGAUUCGUGUCUACAACCUAGACCCUGAUUUGGACCACACCGACUGUGCCAACAUCUUCAACGCGGCCGGCAUCUACAUGAUCCUCGAUGUGAACAGCCCAUUGCCCAACCAGUCCCUGAACCGAGGUGCUCCGUGGGAAUCCUACAGCUCGGACUACAUGCAACGUGUUUUCAAGGUGGUUCAAGAUUUCAUGGUUUUCAACAACACGCUGGGCUUCUUCAGUGGAAACGAGGUGAUUAACGAAGACUCCGUGCCUGAAGUUCCAGCGUACAUCCGCGCAGUGACAAGAGAUAUGAAGGACUAUAUCUCAGCUCAGUCCCCACGCGCGAUUCCUGUCGGGUACUCGGCAGCCGAUGUCCGCCCGCUGUUGAUGGGUACAUUCAACUUCAUGUCUUGCGGUUUGUCGAACGAGACCAGCUCCAAGAUUGAUUUCUUUGGCCUGAACUCUUACUCGUGGUGUGGUGAUGCCACCUUCCAAUCGUCGGGCUAUGACGUCCUGGUCUCAGACUUUAGCAACACCACCAUUCCCAUCUUUUUCUCGGAAUACGGCUGCAACAAUGUCUCGCCUCGAAUAUUCAGCGAGGUUGGGACCCUCUACGGCCCUAAAAUGACUCCCGUCUUCUCAGGUGGUUUGAUCUACGAGUACAGCGAAGAGCCCAACAACUAUGGCCUGGUCAACCUUAACGAUAAUGGCACCGUGUCAAUCCUCGUGGACUAUGAUAAUCUUCGCAAACAAUAUGAUGACCUGGACGUUGGCUUGUUGGAGAAGGCCAAUGCCACCGCGACCUCCUUGACGCCACCCAACUGUGCCACCAGUCUCCUGAGCGGUGCUAACUUUACCAAAAGCUUCGAUCUUCCCGCCCGUCCUGACGGCGUGGACGAUCUGAUCAAGAAGGGUGUUGAUGGCACCUCUUCGACCAGCAACGAGGCUGUCACCGACACCAAACCCAACCAGACAGUCUAUGCCACUAAUGGCCAGGAGAUCAGUGGUCUCCAGUUGAAUGUUCUUGAGUGGGACCAGAGCAACUUGCCCGGUAAUAACACCAGUGGAACUACCCCGUCAUCUCCAUCAGGAUCCACCACCAGCAGUGGCAGCUCGCCAUCCAAGACGAACGCAGCUCCGCGGGUCGACGACGUCAAGUUUGGAUCUCUCCUCAUGGGCGCGGUCGGUGCCGGCAUAUACUUGCAAUUGUAAGGGAGGACACCUCCUUGAUAUUGUCAGUGUGCUAUGACAGUUGCAUCGUAGCAUUGCCACAAGCAUUCAGAGGCCCAAUUUCUGUUCUUCUUUUUGGCCGAGAUACCGUUCAAUGGACAUAUUAGUGUUAGGACUUUGCAGGAUCCGAGGCCUGCACAAAAACAUGAAAUAUGGUAAAUAAUGAUUCUAUGAGCAGAGAGAAGAAUACUACUUAGUGAAUUACUGAAAUGAAGUAAUUGCUUGUCUC